AUGCAGAGCAAAUAUGUCGAGCGCUUAGUCACCAGCAAGAACCAUGAGCGAGAUUAUCUAAGGCCAAACUGUAUAUGGAUGACAAGCCGUGACAUACGUCUAGCCUGGGGUCCUGGGCUUAUAGAUCAACUGCGGCAACCUGCCGAAGAUAUUAUUCCAGCAUCGGUACAAUCAGCUAAAUAUAUUGCGUGGAUUAAAACUAUGGUUUCUCCAGAUUUCCCAGAAGAACAAAUACAGUCAUAUGUCUGUCAAUAUUUGGCAGUUAACUACAACGCCUUUUGGCCUCAGAAGGAUGAGAGUCGAGUUAUGUACUCCAUAAGAGUCCCAUGGUUAAGUCAUCAUGUUGUUCGCCAAAGUACCAACGGCGAAUAUUGCUGUCCUGUUACUACAAAGCCUGAUUUAGCUUUUGGAUAUCGAGCUCAAAGUAUUAAAAAGCUCUCCCUCCUAUCAGAUAAACCGAAAGCUGAAAAACUUGAGCAAACUUAUUGGGGCAUGGCCUUUCCAUAUUUGAUUAUGGAAUUCAAAGUUAACGGAAAGGAACACGUAGGGCAUAACCAGCUUCUUGGUGCUGGUUCGUCUGUAUUGAACGCAUUGAACAAGAUCUCCAUGGACAACCCCUGUGUUAUCUGCGCCCUUGUGCAAGUAGCAUCGGUAACAUUCUAUUUGAUGUGGUCAGCACCAGGUGUAACCGGUGAAACUAGUUUAGAACCAGAGGUUGAACCGAAAGUUUUGAGAGCGUAUAAAAUGAGCCAAUUUGCACGCUUUUAUCUAGAUGAAGAAGGACAAUAUAAAGAUUGCCUUAUGUUGAUGAGCCAGAUUCAUGCUUGGGGUAAAGGGCUAAGAUUAAACAGCAUGGAAAAAGCGAUCUUGAUUAAAAUAUCAAAAACGGCUAAAUUCAAAGAGCAAAGUUUAAUAUUAUACAAUUGA